AUGGAGGAGAAGCAUUGGACCACCCAGUACAUUCCGGCUGGAUGCAUCGUCAUUCGCGCAGACGGGAAUGAGAAAGCACCUGAACUCCUGCCUCCUGACGUAACCGGUUCCUGGAGACUCUUCGCCCAUCCGAGAGAUGAUCUUCCUCCAUCGUCCUGCCUUUCUGCAGGGACACAGCAGGCGCUCCUCGGAUCACAUACUCUGAAACCAUUUCGGGAUCUGUGGCAGCACCGAUACGUCCACCUGUCCUUCUCCAGUAUACCACAGUCAGAUUCGCAAAUCAUCGGAAGGGCCCGCGUCUACGUGCUUCCCCACGACGUCAAUGGAGGCAUCAAGAAUGUACGUCCUGAACUCAUCAAGGCAUCGUCGCUCCUUCUCUCGUGCCUGGAAUACGCUUCAGGUUGCUGGGAUGGACACACCAGCUUCACUCAUCAGAGCCAUCCGACAGAUCAGGUCGGAGCUGCCCUGUCAGAUGGCAAAGACACCUCGCUCCUGGCCAUGUUUAACAACGUCACGUCGCCCGAUCCUCAUCCAGAGGCAGUAGCAGAUCCGUAUGCCCGUGAUGCGAUGCAAGGCUUGCUCGAAAGCCAAAUAUCAGGUCUGAGUACCUCUCUUUAUCCAUACCAGGGUAGAUCAGCUGCUCUCAUGCUUCAACGUGAGUUGGAGCCUGGUAGGAUUGUUGACCCUCGAUUCCGUUCCGUUCUCGAUCAGUCAGGUUGUCCAUGGUACUACGACGACGUAUCGGGCAUGGUCCUGAGAGAGCCAAGAUAUUAUGACGGAUUGCGUGGCGGGAUUCUCGCUGAAGAGAUGGGUACUGGCAAGACUCUCACCUGUCUGGCUCUCAUUCUCAGCACCAGGAAUGAGCCAACGACACCUCCAGAGCCAUUCAUCCCCGAGACUUCUCCACGAAAGAGAAUGGGAAGCUUGAUGGAUAUGGCUGCAGCUGCAGUAAACAAGCAUUCGCUACCAUGGAAAUCUUACUUCGAGUCUUGUAAGGCCCAGUUCAACUACGAUUAUCAGCACUGCACCCAAGUGUUGCUGCAGGCUGAGAACCGCGCUUUUUACAAGGUUAGCAACAACUUGGUUGAGCCCCGUCGAAGCAACCGAACUGCACCUCGCGUUGUUCCACCCAAGGAGGUGUUUCUCAGCCACACGACGCUUAUCAUCGUUCCCAACAACCUCGUCAGACAAUGGCAGGAAGAGAUGAAGAAGCACACAACGGGACUGAAUGUUAUUGUGCUUGUGGAGAAGGCCCCGAUACCAUCAUUGACCGUGUUGCUAGGUUACGACGUCAUUCUCUUUUCAGAAACUCGCUUUGAGCGGCUUGCAAUGGAACGCUCGAACGGCGAAGGCCCGGCUAUUGACACAUAUUGCCCGUUGGAAUAUGUUCAUUUCAAGCGUUGUAUCAUUGACGAGGGUCACAAAUUGGGCAACAGAACUAGGUCGUGGAGGAGCGCCGUGAUGAUGGUUCUCGAUCGCCUCGAGAUUUCUGCUCGAUGGGUUGUCACUGGAACGCCUUCACGAGGCCUUUACGGCGUUCAUCAACACGCCAUUGCAGCCAAGGAUACGUCCAGGAAGGGCGAUGCCCAAGAUACAUCUGAGGUCAAGCUCAAACAAGAGAAAGAUGACCUCCAACGCAUUGGCAACCUGGCCGCGAAGUAUCUCAAGGUCAGACCUUGGGCUAACACGAAGAAUGAGGUUGGAGACAGCGUAGCGGAUUGGAAUUUAUAUGUGUUGCACCCAAAGCAGCACGCCAAGGGCCAUGAUCGCAAGGACUGCUUGGCAGCUACCCUCAAUUCCUUGAUCGUCCGCCACCGGCUACCCGAUGUCAGCGACCUUCUCCCGCCCGUCAAUGACAAGAUCGUGUUGUUGGAUGGGUCAUUUCAAGAUCAGCUUUCGCUGAACCUCUUCUCCAUGAUGAUAAUCUUCAACUCGGUUCAGUCUCAACGAACGGAUAUGGACUACUUCUUUCAUGAGCGGCAAAGAAAGAGCCUCAAUCAGCUCGUAAGAAACCUGAAGCAAGCCAGUUUCUUUGGUGGGGUAUUCUGGUCCACCGAGGAAAUCACCAAGUCCUUAGAGACCGCUGAGAGCUUUCUCGAAAAGAAGGCGAUCCCAAUCUCAGCGGAGGAUGAGGAUCUCCUGAAACGGGCCUUGGAAUUUGGCAAGAUGGCUGUGAGUAACCGCCUGAAAGCUGUUAGCAACCAGUUCCAUGCGAUGCCUCUGUACCUACAGAGUUUCCCCGGUGGCAAUGGAAAGAGUUGGUCGCUUGAUGACAACGAGGCCGAAGGUGGACUCAUCUGUACCGACGCCGGGAUGAUCCACUCGUUGCAGAAAUUCCUCAACCCUUGCAUCGACGCGCCGACUUCUCUCCGGAUCAUGAUAGAAAAUGGCCGUCUAGACCGACAAGGUGUAUCUGAGCGGUCGCAGGCGCUUGCAGCAGCCAUCGAAGCAUCUGGCGGCACAACAUCCCAGAAUCCGCAAGCGACCAGUUUAGCUGGCAACACUCCUCUCGGAAACGAUCGUCAGGCCAAACCGAAGUCAACUCCAAUCAUUAUAGAAGAAGACGAGCAACUAGGGGCUGCAGCGACAAGCAACAUCGAGAUUGCCGAGCCUCUAGCGAGGACUCAGAUCAUCUCCUCUGUAUCGGCCAAGUUGUCGUAUCUCAUCGACUCUAUCAUCAAGUAUCAAGAUGAAGAGCAGAUCCUCGUCUUCUAUGAGAAUGACAACAUUGCAUAUUACCUCGCCGGGGUACUCGAGAUCCUACAAGUCCAGCACCUAAUAUACACGAAAGCCGGUCUAAGUCCUGAAAGGCGAGCGAAAUAUGUUACUACGUUCACUCACAAUGCCAAGUUUCGGGUAAUGUUGAUGGACAUUAGUCAGGCAGCUUUCGGCCUCGACAUGCGCAGUGCCUCGCGUGUUUACUUCAUUACUCCUGUUUUGAAUCCGCAGGUCGAGGCGCAAGCGAUUGGAAGAGCACGCCGCAUAAGCCAAAAGAAGCCGGUGACGGUCGAAACCUUGGUUCUGCGGAACAGUAUCGAGGAAAUCAUCGUGAUUCGUCGCAAGCAUAUGACUCAAGCCGAGCACAGCAAGGUCAAAGACGUGCUGGACGAUCGAAAGAUAUUCGAAUGGAUCUUGAAUGCGAAGAUCAUCCCUAUGCCUGACAUUGAAGACGGCGUCCCGCAGACGACGCGACUGGCAAUCCCACAAUACGUGUUCGGAAGGGGCUUUGGACGCGAUCUUCACCCAGAUGAGGGACUGCUUGCAGACAGCCCAGAGGGUAAGAAGAAGGUGAGUACGACGCAAACGAAUGGAGCUAUUCGCAAGUCAUUCAAGCUCGUCAAAGGAUUGAAGCGGCCACACAGUCCUUCUCCAGCAGCUGCAACGGCGUCUGAGAAUGCUGCCGAUGGCGCAGAGGCGUCCGCGAGACCCACCAAACGCCGUACCCGUAUUGCCUGGGUCGAAUAG